AUUAGGAAAUGAAAUCUCUUCCUCUUCCAGGGGACGGAUUUAAACUGGAUUUCCUCAAACUUGGCUCUCUGCAGUUAUGUUAGACCCAGCUUCUUUCACCCCCAUUAUCUAGGAAGAAAGAGGGUAGAACACAUUUUUCCUCCAUCUGGCAAUUUCUGAUAAUCGUGAAAGCACAUGAAUGGCGGACACUUCCUGGUUGCCUCUGUCAUUUCCAUCCAGAACAGCAGCUUUGUGUAUCCAUCAUGUCACAGUUGCUUUUCCAAAGUAUCCCUGCAAUUCAAACGAUACAAUUGCCAGAAGUGUGGUUGUUCGGGCGACACCAAAGAAGCAAAUUACAGAUAUCGACUUUCGCUGGAGGUAGCCGACACCUGUGAUAUUUUUGAGGUCACCGUAUUUGGAAGCUGCUUAGAUACCUAUUUUGGAGCUACAGCAAAGGGCCUGCAAAGGUACAUCGAAGAACUGAACCGAGAAGCAGGAGAGGACGAAAACGAUGCCAUGCUUGGUGUACUAUUUCAUGCCGUUGAAACCUGCUUUGUUGGGAAGAAGUUUGUCUUCAGGAUUAAGAGUUCUGAGAAGGCCAAUAUGGCUAGCUUAUUGCAAAAUGGCUGCCAAAGGGAGAGAAGCACCAAAGCUCUCAUCGCCUGUGAAAUGUUCCUGCCUCACCCUGGGCUUGUGGGCUACACCGUUAUCUUCUACAUCAAGCAGCAGCGAAGUUCUCAGUUUGAGCAGAGUCAUGGGGCUUUAUGGCCUCUGGAUCAUGUCCUGGCAUCUGAUCAUCCAAGCAGGGAAUUAAGGAGCCUGCCUCUCUCUGACAAUUUGGAUGUGACUCAGUCAAGUCACAGAAAUGGUUUUUUCAACCUCUGGUCUUACUCGUUCGGACUAACUUGGUCGUCCACCUCAUCGGAAGACGCAGAACAUUCCGCAGCUUUAGAUGCAUGCGAGUCGAGCUCAAAGAAGGAAAAAGGCAAAGGUGGGUCGAUUAUGUCACCCAGCCAAUUGGUUUACAACUUCAGGGGCCAAAACUCGACGCGAGACAAGGGAGAUGUAUGUGAAGGUGAGAAGUCUUGUUGGUAUCCUCGACAAAGUCUCACCCCAGAGGAUGAACUAGGAGGUAGACCUUCCAUAAAAGGAAAAAAUGGUGAUAUCUUAGAAAGCUCCUUAUCAUCGGAACAGAAAGAUUCUACAUGCAAAAUUGGCCUCCAGUCCAGCUGUGGGCUAGCCAAUCCACAGCGUCCUUUGCCCCACCAGAGACUGAAGAAACGCCUUUCUUCCUCCUCUUCCCCUGGAGCUACGGGAGGUGUAACUUCUCAAGAAGCCUCCUCUGGAGGCUUGGUUGAAUUUCUUGCCAACGGCAGAUCCCCCGCUGAUCUCCCAAAUGGACAAGAGCAGCGUCCUGCCUCGGUUCUCUGUGAAAAACCAGGCAAAAAUAAAGAGAACAAGUUGCUUGCAGAAGAACAAGACUGUUCUUGGAGAGGAAGGGAUGUCUACCGUUUCCCAUGGGCGGGUUCCAGCCGCCCCGAGGCUAAUUUUGAUGCUUCGGCAGAUCUCUUUGAGAUUAGUGCCAGGGGAUCGAUGAAAAGCACCACAACAAUAUUACCCAGGCCCCAGAUAGUCACGCCCUGGACUGGCGCGCUGUCCCCAAACUUUAUCACAUCAGAAUUGAUGCUAAGGGAAGGGAAGGGAAAUGCUGCCUGGACUACUUCUCAUUAUGGGUUAUCGUUCUAUGACACAAUGGAUGUCUCAGUCCCCAAAACAAGUACUCCGAUUGCUGGAUCAGGGUUCAAGUCUGAAUGCAGCCCUGUGGCUACCCUGGACUUCACUCCCGCUCCCCGCUCCAUUCCCCUCACAAGGCCUUGUCAUCCAGACAGCCUCCCUGCAAGGAAAGGAUCCUUUCUAAGCGAACUACCCCUGAAUAAAUUGCCCUGGGACAAGGACAAGUGUAAAAGGUCUAGGCUCCCCUUGAAAAACUCUUUAGUGAAACAGCUUGUCAGCAAGUUCUCGCCGUCUGCAACGUCCAGCGACGCAGAAGCUGGCACGGACAACCCAUGGGGACCUCUGAGUCGCCUCUCGGCCCAAGAGUCGUUGUCCGAACAUGGUGGCCAAGAAUGGAGCCCUCCUUCGGGCGAAAUCCAAAGUCAGGAUGUAAAAUUGUGGAAAAGGAAGAGAAGGAAAAGCUUUGUCAGGCUUCACAGUGAUGGCCGAGCUCUAGAGGAUUUUCCUCUUUCUGAAAACCAAGGAGGAUCCUUGAGUCCAAGAAAUCUUUCCAAAUUAGCAGAGGUCGCAUUUCUUCCUAAAAAGCAGCAACCAGAAGCUGACAUUGAAGGCCAACUUAUGUGUCAACAGAGAACAAUGCUUGGUCCUCCAGUCAACGAAUCGCCUGACAGACCAUCUUCAGUAGACUUCAGCAGAUCAAAGCUGCUGCCCACACCUUCUCCCAUGCCUCAUGUCGCAGACUGGUCUUCUGAACUCUUCUCUGGUAAUGACCAGUUGUCCAACAUGGAGGCCACUGUAUCACAGCCAACCUCUUGAAGGCACCUUUCACUUUGAAAUACAAUCUUUCGGUCACAGUUGUACUUGAAGCACAGUUUCAACAGUUGUAAAUUUGGGGCUGGACAGCAAAAGCUUGGCUU